UAUAUCUUUUUACGUGAUAUGUGCUAUGAUAUACUGUUCAUUCUGUUGUAUAUACGUGUGACUUGAUCCUGGCACGUAUAUGAUCGCUCGGUUUAUGUCCUUUUAUAAACCGGAUGUUACAUCUUUGAUCACGAGUGACAUGAAGAACCAAAACCUGCUGCUGAACCUGAGGGGUCUGACGAUCCAGAGUAUAUGGACAGUGACAACAAUAUAGAGGAUGGAGAUGAUGACCUUUACAUGGACCAUUUGGAUGAGAAUGUUACAGAACAAGAUCUUGUAAAGAAGAGCAAGAAGGCACCAGGUAGCAAAUUGGGAAAAGCAACAGCAGCAACAGUUAGGCAAUCAAAGGUGCAGGAUGCUGAUUCUGAGAGUGAAGAGUUGGAUGUCCCAGAAGAUUCUGAUGGAGAAGGUGGUGUCAAAUUUAAGUUCAAGAGUUUUGUGCCAGAUGACCUCAACAAUCCAACAUUUGCUAUUGGUAUGUGCUUUCCUUCUGUAGAGAUGGUGAGAAAAGCAGUGACAGAGUACAGCUUAAGGCAUAGAGUUGACAUCAAGAUGCCUAGGAAUGACAAGACAAGGAUAGGUGCUCAUUGUGCACCUGCCUGCCCAUGGAAAUUAUAUGCAUCAGUGGAUAGUAGGGUAAAGACCAUCAUGGUAAAGUCAUAUGUUGGAGAGCACAACUGUAGAAGGGAGUGGGUUUUGAAAAAAUGCACUGCUAAUUGGCUUGCUAAUAAAUACAUUAAGAGCUUUAGAGCUGAUGACAAGAUGACCUUGGGUAAUUUUGCUAGAGUAGUUCAGAAGGAAUGGAAUCUGACACCUUCAAGGAGUAAGCUAUCAAGAGCAAGAAGAUUAGCCCUAAAUCAGAUUUAUGGUGAUGAGAUUGAGCAGUACAAUAAGCUUUGGGACUAUGGAUGUGAGAUUAGGAGGUCCAACCCUGGUAGCACAUUAUACUUAAGGCUAUUAGAUGGGCACUUCAACAACUUGUACUUUGCUCUUGAUGCUUGCAAGAGAGGAUUUCUCAGUGGAUGCAGACCAAUCAUUUGCUUGGAUGGAUGCCACAUCAAGACUAAAUUUGGUGGACAGCUUUUAACUGCUGUGGGAGUUGACCCAAAUGACUGUAUAUUUCCAAUUGCAAUGGCAGUAGUAGAAGUAGAGUCCUUGAGCUCAUGAAAGUGGUUUCUUGAAACACUUAGAGAAGAACUGAAAAUUAGCAACACAUAUCCCUGUACCAUUAUGACUGACAAACAAAAGGUAACUAAUACAUCACUUCUCAUAUUAUUCUUGCAAGGUCUUAUGCCAUUAUUAAUUUACAACAACAACAACAUAGCAUUUUGUCCCAAGCGAGUUGGGGUAGGCUAGAGAUGAAACCCAAAAGACACAAAGGUCACGGUUCAGGCACGCUGAUAGCUAGUCUCCAAGCGCUCUUAUCCAAAGCUACCUCUUCAGAGAUAUUCCAAUCCUUAAGGUCUCUCUUAACCGACUCGUCCCAAGUCAGUUUAGAUCUACCUCUACCACUCUUUACCUUAUCGACACGAUUUAGAACCCCACUACGCACCGGCACCUCAGGAGGUCUCCGUUGGAUAUGUCCAAACCUUCUCAACCGAUAUUGGGUAAAUUUCUCCUCAAUUGGUGCCACCCCUACCCUUUUCCGAAUAACUUUGUUCCGGACUCUAUCCCUUCUUGUGUGCCCGCAAAACCACUGCAACAUCCGCAUCUCUGCUACACUCAGUUGCUGGACAUGUCGCCUUUUUGUGGGCCAACAUUCAGCACCAUAUAACAUCGUUGGGCGAAUCGCUGUCCUAUAGAACUUGCCUUUUAGCUUUUGUGGCACCCUCCUGUCACAGAGGAUGCCAGAAGCUUGACGUCAUUUCAACCUGCCAGCUGAAAUUCUAUGCCUAACAUCUUCAUCAAUGUCGCCAUCCUUUUGUAGCAUCGAUCCUAAAUACAAAAAAGUAUCCUUCGGAGCCACCACUUGCCCAUCGAGACUAACAUCUCCACCCUCAUGCAUAGUCGCGCUGAAAUCGCACAUCAUGUGCUCGGUCUUGGUCCUACUAAGACUGAACCCUUUCGACUCUAACGUACGUCUCCACAGCCCUAACUUACUAUUAACCCCUGUCCUACUCUCGUCAACUAGCACCACAUCAUCAGCAAAGAGCAUACACCAAGGGAUAUCACCUUGUAUGUCCCUUGUGACCUCAUCCAUCACCAAAGCAAAUAAAUAAGGACUCAAUGCUGACCCCCGAUGUAGGCCUAUGUUAAUAGGAAAGUCAGUGGUGUCGCCAUCACAUGUCCGGACAAACGUCAUCGCAUCCUUGUACAUAUCCUUGAUGAAGGUAAUGUACUUAGUUGGGACUUUGUGCUUUUACAAGACCCACCACAUGACAUUUCUCGGUACUUUGUCAUACACCUUCUCGAUGUCAAUAAAGACCAUGUGCAAGUCCUUGUUCUGCUCCCUAUAACUCUCCAUCAAUUGGCGUAUUAAGAAAAUCGCCUCCAUGGUCGACCUACCAGGCAUGAACCCAAACUGAUUUUGGGUCACACUUGUCACUCUUCUUAGGCGGUGUUCGAUAACCCUCUCCCAUAGCUUCAUCGUAUGGCUCGUCAGCUUAAUUCCACGGUAGUUAGUACAACUCUGAACAUCUUCCUUGUUUUUGAAGAUCGGUACUAAUAUACUUCUCCUCCAUUCUUCAGGCAUCUUGUUUGACCGAAAAAUGAGGUUAAAAAGGUUAGUUAAUCAUACUAUCGCUCUGUCACCUAGGCAUCUCCACACCUCAAUGGGGAUACCAUCAGGGCCCAUCGCUUUACCUCCCUUCAUCCUCUUCAAAGCCUCCCCAAUCUCUGCCUCCUGAAUUCUCCUCACAAAGCGUCUGUUGGUAUCGUUAAAAGAGUCAUCUAACUCAAGGGUAGGCCCCUCAUUCUCCCCAUUAAACAACUUGUCGAAGUACUCUCGCCAUCUGCCCUUGAUCUCUUCAUCCUUCACUAGAAGUUGAUCUGUCCCAUCUUUGAUGUAUUUGAUUUGGUUGAUGUCCCUUGUUUUCCGCUCACGGAUCUUAGUCAUCCUAUAAAUGUCAUUCUCCCCUUCCUUCGUGCCUAGCCGUUGAUACAAGUCAUCAUACGCCUUACCCUUUGCUACACUCACAGCUCGCUUUGCAGCCCUCUUCGCUAAUUUAUAGCCCUCGAUGUUGGCUGUACUCUUGUCAAGGUGGAGGCGCUUGAAACAUUCCUUUUUCUCCUUAAUAGCCCUUUGCACCUCGUCAUUCCACCACCAGGUGUCUUUCCCUCACUAUUUGCCUCCCCUACUCACGCCAAAUACCUCUGAGGCCACCUUCCGAACACAUGUUGCCAUCUUUAGCCACAUGUCAUCUGCAUCUUCUCCUUCCCAGGGCCCCUCACCUAGCAUCCUCUCCUUAAACGUUUGCGCCGUUUCCCCUCUAAGAUUCCACCACUUCAUUCUCUCAAUCUUGGCACGUUUGUCCCGGUGGACACGUACCCGAAAACGAAAAUCCGCCACCACGAGUUUGUGUUGAGGGACAACACACUCCCCAGGAAAUACCUUACUAUCUAAGCAAUCCCGUCUAUCCUCCCUCCUAGCAAGGAUAUAGUCGAUCUGGCUCGAGUGUUGUCCACUACGAAAGGUCACAAGAUGGGAUUCCCUCUUCCUAAAAAGGGUAUUCGCUAUCAACAAGUCGUAGGCCAAUGUGAAGUUCAAAACCUCCUCCCCCUCUUGACUCCUGCUACCAUAAUUUCUCAUGGUCAUUUAUUUCUGUCCAUGCAGGGUCUCAUACCAGCAGUACAACAAGUCUUUCCAGAGUCAGAACAUCGGUUUUGUGUCCGACAUCUUUACCAAAAUUUCCAGGAACAUUUCAAAGGUGAGAACCUCAAGAAUCAGCUUUGGGCAUGUGCUAGAUCUAGUUCUGUUCAACAUUGGAAUACUAACAUGGAGGUCAUGAAGGUUCUUGACUCUGAUGCUCACGCUUGGCUUGAGAAAAUGCCACCAAACACUUGGGUAAGGGCUUUUUUCAGUACUUUCCCUAAGUGUGACAUCCUUCUUAACAAUAGUUGUGAAGUGUUCAACAAGUAUAUACUUGAUGCAAGAGAGCUGCCCAUACUCAGUAUGCUUGAAAGGAUAAAGGGACAACUCAUGACUAGAUUCUACAACAAGCAGAAAGAGGUCAAUGACAAUUGGACAGGGCCUGUUUGUCCAAAAAUUAGGAAAAAACUGUUGAAGAAUUCAGACUAUGCUAACCUGUGUUAUGUGAUGCCAUCUGGUAAGGGCAUUUUCCAAGUGCAGUGUAAGGGUGCUGACUAUAAUGUUGAUAUUUGCAACAAGACAUGUGACUGCAGAAGGUGGGAUUUGACAGGAAUCCCAUGCAACCAUGCUGUGGCCUGUCUUAGGCAUGAAAGGAUCCCUGCUGAGGAGGUACUUCCAAUAUGCUAUUCCACUAAAACAUUCAGUAAGGUGUAUGGUUUCAAUAUAAUGCCUUGUGCUGACAAGAAUAGUUGGGAAAAGACAAAUGGACCUAAAGUGCUACCACCAGUGUAUGAGAAAAAAGUUGGAAGGCCAACUAAAUCUAGGAGGAAACAGCUCCAUGAGGUGCAAGGCAAGGAUGGCCCAAAGAUGUCCAGGCAUGGUGUUAUCAUUACUUGUAGCUGGUGCAAAGGCCAACAUCACAAUAGAGCUGGAUGUAGUCUUAGAAAACUGGGAAUUAAACCUAAUGCUCAUAGCAAUCCAAAUCCUGUUGUUGAUAAAGAAAUCCUAGAUGACGAACCUGUCAUCACCCAGGAAACUGGUCACCCGCAAGCUGUGGACGUACAACUUCACGACACCAUAUUAUCACAAAUGUUAGAAGAGGCUUCAAGUACUAUUGCUCCACACCAACCUCUAGGACCUCUGCCAGAUUGUUCUUACAUUGCAGCCAACCAGCCUGUUCCACCUACCACUGCAUCCAAGACUAUCAAGGCAGCAAUGAACAAGCGAAAGGCUGCAGGAACCAAGCUGAAGGGUGCAACAGGGAAGAAAGGAAAGAGCGAAGGGAACAAGACCAAGACUGUAGGCAACACUGCAAAGAAGAAGUAAUGAAGAAGCCACCUUUUGUGAAUGGCCGCUGUU